AUGUCACCAAUUUUUUGUUUCUUCAUCUUCUUUCCGGCGGCUUCAAGCACAUUGCUCAAUUUCGAUGUUUCGCCUUUCCUGUCACUAUUCAAUGGCACAACGCUUCAAAUAAUAGGCUUCAUGAACAUGUACAACAACAACACCAUAGAGAGAUUAGACAGCUACAUGGUCCCUCCGUCAUUCGAUUCCACAGCCGGUGUCAACUCCAAAGACGUCGUGGUUUUGCCAGAAAGUGGUGUGGCCGCUAGGCUUUUCGUCCCCAUCAAUCCAGCCCUGCCGCAAGGACGCAAGUUUCCUCUGGUAAUUUACCUCCACGGUGGUGGUUUUGUAACCGGGAGUGCUUUUAGUCCGGCUUACCAUAACUAUGUGAAUUCGCUCGCGGCUAAUGCCAGUGUCGUCGCAUUGUCCGUCAAUUAUAAGAUAUGCCCGGAGAACCCUGUUCCUGUGCCUUACCUUGAUUCAUGGUCUGUGGUUAAGUGGGUUGCUAAACACUCUAAGGGGCUUGGUAAUGAGGCGUGGCUCAAUGACUAUGUUGACUUUGAAAAAGUGUACCUUGCUGGUGAUAGUGCAGGUGCUAAUAUAGCACACAAUGUGGCAAUGUUGGCUGGGCUAGAAGGGUUGGAUGGGUUCAAGAUUGCUGGUAUGGUUCUAAUGAGCCCAUAUUUUUGGGGGACACAACCAAUUGGUGAGCAUGAGCCCAAGGACACCAUAUUGAGGAAUACAAUCCAGACCUUGUGGUACGUGGCGACCGGGAUGAAAAUAGGGGUGGAUCAUCCGUGGUUGAACCCGAUUCUGGAUCCGAAUUUGUCGAAACUAGGGUGCACAAGGGUGCUGGUGUGUAUUUCUGAGAGAGAUUGGUUGAGGGAUAGGGGUGAGUACUACUCCAUGGCAUUGGGUGGGAGUGGGUGGAAAGGAGAGGUGGAGCUUUAUGAGACUAAAGGUGAGAACCAUGUGUUCCAAUUGACCAAGCCCAAUACUCCAAAUUCUCAGGCCCUACUCAAUGAAGUGUCUUCUUUCAUAAACAAAUAG